AUGAAGAAAUUUGAUACAAAUAAUAGCAGAUCUGAGAAGUUUAAUGUACAGUGUAAGCACAUAGUUAAAAGAUUUUUAAUUAAAGUUUUAGCGACUUUUACGAAAUGUCAAAUCUUGCCCAAAUCAAGGAGGUUCCUAUUUCUUUCUGAAAUUUUUAACGCUACUGUUCUAUUAUGGAUAAUCUACUACUUCAGCAGUUCGGCUGGCACUGUUGAAAUAUGGAGUACACAAGAAAAUCACACGUGUGAUUGGCUAAUUUUGAAGCCCAAUAGUAGAUUGCUAAGUAACGAAGAAAUUGAAACUAAGGAAAAUAAUGGAUACUCAAGAAGAAAUAUUUCCCAUUUGUUAGACUUAGACGAAGAGACCAUUGAAGAACAAUAUGAAUCAUUGUUGUCGGAAGGUUUCGACAAGAAUAGCAUUAAAUGGAAAAUAUUUGGGAAGUACACACCCAAAGUAAGAAAAUUUGCCUACGAAAUAAAUAAAAAUAUUGAUUUAGAAUUAAUGCGUGCAUUAAAAUCAGAUUAUUAUUAUGAUGGAAAUGAUUUUGUUUCUGUAAAAGAAUCAAAAACUAAUCGGAUAAAAGCGUUCUUUUAUAAGAAUAAAAUAUUUGUUCCACACGUCCUUCUUUUUUUGGGAGCAAUUCUUGCUGUAUUGUUGAAAGAACCAAUUUCUGCUGCUUUGUUUGUUAUUUUUCUGUUUUUAUUAAUAAUAUAUUCUUUCAUUAAAAUACGAAAAUGCACCUACAUUAUGGAGAUGAACAGAAAAUCAAGAAGUAUGUAUCUUGGUUUUAUGGAGUAUUAG